GGUGAAGAGUGAAAUAUGAGUCUGACCCACAAUAUCUCACAGCUUUUUACCAAGAUGAGCUCAUUAAUGUGGUAUUUGCUCUUUGUGACUUUGAUAACUUCUCCAACUGUGCCUGCAAAUGAGUCCUCAACGCAGAACAUGAAGGUCGAUGCUUGUAAUAUUACCGGCGUUUGGCGCAACGAGCUGGGCUCCACGCUGCAUGUGAAGGCGGAUGGGUCGGAGAUCAGAGGUGUGUAUCAGACCGCAGUGGAGAGUAUGAGCGGCGCCGCUGGGUUAGACCGCACAGCCAAAGUCAUCGGGCUAGUUGGUGAUGGGACUCAACCCACUGUUUCAUUCUCCGUACUGUGGGAGAAAGGUUCAUGUUCUGCUUGGGUUGGUCAGUGCUUUAUUUUAGGUGACGGUGCACAAGUGCUGAAAACGCUCUGGAUGUUGCGCAGUUUGGCUGACAGCUUGGCUGGUGACUGGGGAAGUACCAGGUUGGGAGAAGAUCUUUUUUUCAAGACUUCAAUUUAAAAUUAACUCCGUAAUAGAUUCAACAUCAUUUAAAUUCCUUGAAGGUGUUUUUUCAAGGAGCUUGUAGAGUUUAAACCUACUGAGACAUUUAAAAUCCUUGUAUAAAACCCUCGAGCUUAAUAAAAGGCAGAACAAAAAA